AUGCAAACAUUCACAUUCUAUGCUAGCGAUGACAAACUUGGGAAUCGUGGAAACACUGCUGCACAAAUAGGAGUAAGUUAUAUUGUGGGUAAUUAUCAUGCUUGGGGGAUUGUGGUGUUUUGAGUGCUCCCUAAGAUAACUGCACCUGCCUGAGGAAGGGCACCUUUUGUAACCACUUUAAUCCUUAUCCAGUGGUUCUAAGAGAUGCUGACCUCUUAAAUGGUUGAGUUGUGCACUAAGCAUAACAUUUUGUACAGUUAGGUUGGGUAGUCACAACUAUGGCAAAUGAUUCUCCAAAAAAAAUAACUUUUCACACUUUUUGCUUCAUCAAUGUAAUUUUAUUAUUAUCAGCUCCAGUAGAGUGAGCAUGCAAUUCAUAGUAAAAUAGUGGCUGUUGAAGAGGGUCCAUCACCUCAAGCAUUUCUGCUCAACUAUUAUCUUCAGGCUUAUUACUAAGAUCUGUAAGGUGAAAGAAUAUAUACACUAUAUAUAUACUUGAAGUUAUUUAUGAUGGAGGGCCAUCCCUCUCAGAGAUAGUUAAAAACCCCUAACAGAGCACAAAGCCCAAAAUGGAGAUUGAGGUGGGAAGACCUUGCACAUUUGCUGAUGUUGUUUUACUGAUCAAACUGAAACAGCACAAGGUAAUAGCAAACAAUAGAUACAUUUGAACCUUGUCAACAUGAAUUGGCUGGUUUCCCCACUUUGAUGUUCCUCUAAUUCUAGUGGUUAAACUCAUCACCAACCUCCAACCAUGUGAGGGGAAAAUAAAUGUACCCCCUGUGGUUAAUAACUAUGGCUGAAAUUUCUUUCCACUUGCUAGUGCCAAGCCAUCAAUCAAGCAGCAUGUGACAUUGCCUUUGAAGUAGCUAACGAAGGAGAUGCUUUGGUGUGCGGAGGUGUUUGUCAAACACCAACAUACUUAAGUGGCAAAGGAAAAGAAGCUUGUCAGAGAGAAUUUGAGAAGCAAAUAGAAAUUUUCCUGAAAAAUGAUGUGGACUUUCUACUUGCAGAGGUAAACUUAACAUUCAAGGGUAUUUUUGAAAGAAUUAUGACUGAGGAUUUUUCAAUAAGAAAUGGAUCACAAGUAGAACAAUUAAUCCAUUAAGUUCACAAUUAGUGAAUUAAAAUGGAUGCAAAAAUGAAACUGAUGGGUUUUAAUUUUGUUUAUACCUAUGUCUUUAAUUUAAAUUGAACCCAAAAAGGAUUACUUUCAUGAUUUUUAUUGAAUACAAUACUAUAACUGUAAACUCAAAUCUCAAAUUUAAAAAAAAUUAAUAUCUUUAUUGCUCCUGUGGUUUUGUUGAGGGUUUCAUUGAGUUUCUAAGUAGAUAGCACAAAUUGCAAUACAGAUGGCUAAAGUAAGUUCAAUUUGGACUUUAGUGAUGCAAAUUUCAGAGGAAGUAGGAGGCAAUUUCGCUCAACAUAGACAGCGAAUUUUGCCCAUUGCUGGCUCCUAUUGUAAAACCUUGGUUUUGUGCUAUGCAAACAUGAUUCAAACAUGAUGAUUUCCUAAGGCAUGAAAUGUUAUUGUAAAAUUGUUCUUAGUAUUAUGAACAUGUGGAAGAAGCAGAAUGGGCAGUGGAGUCGUGUAAAGCCACAGGCAAACCUACUGCCGUUUCAUUGUGCAUUGGGCCCCAAGGAGAUUUGCACGGCAUUCCUACUGGGGAAUGUGCAGUGCGCUUGGCUCAUGCAGGUAUAGAGUGUAGUGAUUCAAGGAUAUUUUGCACUAAAAGUAAUUGUCAACAUAACUGCAAGUUGUGUUACUGUUCACGAAGAACCAAAAGUUGCUGUUCCUCUACUUUCUUACAGUUAGUUAACUUCAAACAGUUCAUUCACUCUUAGAUUUAAGACUUGAUUAGUAAUUUUUAUAGAUCUCUUUGUAAUUCUUACUGACAGUGUAAACAUGACCUUGUUGAUACUCAAAAACUUGAAUUUCCAAACAUGUCCAAGCAGCAAUUUUUGCAUUUUUGUAGGCAUGCUAUAGUCAAAUGUCUAAAAAAAGUACAGAAUAACAAUGCAGAUAUUUGUUCCCUAUGCAAAAAAGUUCCACAUUCCCAGUUUUACAUGCAAUUAUAAUUGCACCAAAUGAACAAGAUCUGUUCAAAUGUUGUGAAGAAUUCAGUCAUCUUCAUUAGAUUGUUUUAAAAUGCUGAAAAAAAAUAUCCACCAUAGAAACAAUGCCAGAGCUAAUUUGAUUGUAAAUUGCAAGUCAAGCUGACUUGAUCUUUUUCUGGACCUACUUUUUCCUUAGUUAACACUGACAACAAUCUGUUUGCUCAUGAUGAAUAAUUUCCUGCUUUGAAAUACCAGGUGCUGAUAUUAUUGGCAUCAAUUGUCAUUUUGGACCUGAUGAAUGUAUUGAAGCAUGUCGCUUGAUGAAAGAAGCACUUGAUGCAGCUGGGAUUAAGAAACAUUUGAUGGUGCAGCCUCUCGGAUACUUAACCCCAGAUGCUGGCAAACAGGGAUUCAUUGAUCUUCCAGAAUUUCCUUUUGGUAAUUACUUUGUUGUUAAGACUGUUAACUCUCUUGUACACCAGAAUGAUGAUCUAAGGCAUGAUAUUUUUCUUGUGGAGGACCCACCUAUAUUCAAAGACACAUGUCAGGACUUAUUGGGAAUUCCCAAAGAGUUGUUGCAGUCUUCUCUCAGGUUCACUCUUUCUUAAAUUCUCAGUUAGAGAGGAAACAUGAUAAGUAACAAAGACAUUGCUCCUUUUGGAAUGGUUUAAACCAUUUUCCUUUUCUGCUCUUAUAAAGAUGUGUCAGUCAAUGCUAUGACAGGGGCUGUUUUUUCAAUACACACCAAACUGGCUGGUAGGUGUGAGCUGGUGUAAGGUCAAGGCUUUUUAUUAUCAGAGGCAAGGGUUGGCUGCUAGACGGCAUACAAUAUUGAGCUCUGUUCUACAUUACUGAACAACUACAGGAACAGUUAAGUAAGGCAUUGACCACCAACAACACUUAAUGUUUGAACAGCUCUAGAGCCCAGACUCAUGACAAGAUGGGAUGCUCACAAGUUUGCUCGAGAUGCAUACAAUGCUGGAAUCCGUUACAUUGGUGGUUGUUGUGGAAUUGAGCCCUAUCACACUAGGGCAGUGGCAGAAGAGGUUUGAUUUCUAUAUUUUUGUUCUCCUUACCAGAAGAUGUUAACUUUUAGAUCAAUGGGAUUGGCUAUCAGGGUUGUGAUUUGUUAUAUAAAUUCCAGAGACUGAAAACACCAGUUAAAUGUCAACAGUAAUUAAUUCAUUUAUUUCUUUUGUUAUUUAGUUGGCCAAGGAAAGGGGAAAACUUCCAAAAGCCAGUGAAAAACAUGGGCCCUGGGGAGAGGGACUGAGAUUGCACACCAAACCAUGGGUUCGAGCCAGGUAAGAAUAAAGGAAAUUCAUUAAAACUGAAUCUUACACAUAAAAACAACAUACCCAUCUUUUUUAAGCUUUGCAUACAGUGCACUUUCCAAUGAAGUGUGUUAAAAGCCAGAACCAGGGAAAGCAAAGACCUACCUCAAGUUUACCUCAAGUUACAAAGAGGUACAGGUAAGGUUGAGAUUGUAUGGCCAUAGAUUGAUGGACACUUUAGCCUACCAAAUUUACUUAACUAUUUACAUAAAUUACUUGUGUGUAACUUAUACACACUGCAAGACUUGGCUAAUUGUUGGGAAAAGUUAGGGAAAAGAAAAAAUAUUCUUCAUUGAGUUGAGAAAAUUUCAUCAGUAAGUACAAUUAAUACCAUUUAGUAGUCUGUAAUUUAAUUCUACUUUGGUUUACUUAUAGGGCACGGAGAUCCUAUUGGGAGAAUCUCAAUCCAUCAGGUGGUCGGCCAUUCUCUUCUAGUAUGUCCAAGCCAGACAACUGGGGUGUUACUGCUGGAGAUAAAGACUUAGUACAGCACAAGGAGUCUACCACUCAAGAAGAAAUGGAUGCUGUUAUUAGCCGAGCAGCAAAUAAAGAACUUGUUGUUAAUGGAGACCACUGAGAGAGCCUUCAUGAGGUGGUCAUGGAUGUGACCUUAGUCACUAGCUUGUACUGUAUAUGUGCUGUACAAUAUCAGCAAACUUGAGUGCCCUAGAUUACUGUGUUCUGAUAGUAGCUGAUUAGGGACUUAUGACCAAGUUUUACUUGGUUAUUUACAUUUUAAAUAGACUUUAUUUUUAUUAUAGAAAUAAGGGGGAAAAAACUAAGAUAGUUAUUCAUCAUCAACUUUUGUGCCUUGUUCCACUCCCACCUUAAUGUUUGUUUGAUUUUGUUUUAG